CGAUCGCUCUUCCAAAGAUAGGUCUGGAGGGGGUGUUUGUUUUUUUAUUCGUUCCGAAAUCAAUUAUUCUGUUCGCUCUGAUCUAAUAUGUGAACACAUAGAAAUUCUGACUGUCGAAAUCAAGAAGCCCAGAUCAAGGCCUUUUGCCGUUAUGACCUGGUAUAGACCCCCUGAUUCCUCAAUUGACCUUUUUAGACCAUUUGAAGAACUUAUUGGAAAACUAGACUCAGAAACUAUCGAAUAUUUUUACGACCUUGACCAGUUAAUAAUCGAACAUACUAGAAUUACCGACAAAUCAUCUACUCUAAUUGAUCUAAUUUUUACAAAUACUUCAGAUAGGGUCGUCUGCUCAGGGGUCUCACAUAUAGGCAUCAGGGAUCACAGUUUAGUUUAUGCUUUUCGUAAAGCCUCUAUAGAAUCGACAAUGAAUAAGCAUACUACCAUGAGAUAA